AUGUUUCAUGAUGUAUCUUCUUUUUCAAUCUUGUUUCCCCCUGCAGUUUAUUUCGUUGACGCGUGCUUCCGAACCUUCAUCUCUCUUGACCGGACCGGCUGCGUCUUCGCCUCCGAACCAGUUGCCUCUGUCUCCGCCUCUGAACCUGUUUUGCUCUGUCUCCGCCUCCACCGUCAUCGUACUGCCGAGCGGCUCAUACAACCUCUGUCUCCCUCCGUCUCCCUACGCCUCCGUCGUCGUCUACUUUCCGUCCUCAUACGACCUUCGUCUCCCUCCGUAUGUCUCUGUCGUCGUCUGCCUUCGCCUUCCGUCAUUAUACUCUGGACCGGAGUUCUUAUUUCGCAAAACAGCUUCGGAGGCAGUGUAGCUGCUAAGAAAUUUCAAAUUAAAAUCGAGAUACAGGAAAAAUGGUUGCUGAAUGAGAAGAAUGAGAUUGUGGGAUCAGAAACUGAUACUUAUCCAAUAGCUAUUGCAAAUUUUCUACCCUUAAAGCUAAUUUAUAUAGCCUUUGAACCAAAGAGCAUUGCACCUGAAGUUUCUUCAGAGAAGACAAAAUACAAAGACUAA